AGGCCGGAGGAGCGGGACCAAGAGGAGGGGUGCGCUCUGGCGUCGGGUGUUUUGGUUAGGCUUUUUUUUUUUCUUUCCGCGAAAGAAGUUUGCUUUGGCCACGCCUCAAGGCGGCCGCCUCCUCCAGCACCCCUCCCCCGCCCCUCCGCGCACACCUCUCGGUGCAGAUUGCAAAGCGCCUUCGCGGGAGUGAGCUGCAGAUUUUGCAACAGCCAGGCUCGCCCACCUUGCAGAAGGAGCGCCUAGUGUCCCCUGGAUACCUCGGGUGCAAAAAAGAAACGAAAAAAAGAAUCGACCUCCUGCCUUGCCUUGAUCACCUCCCCACCCAGACUGCAUGGUCUCCCGGGACCCUUUCGAGUUGCACGUUUCUGCACCGAGAACUGCACAUCCCCGUCGCUCCUAGGAUUCGCGUUGUUCAGGAUACUGGAGGCUUGCAAGCUCGGUUCACCUGCCCCUGGGCAGAACCUUCGCCGGAACCACUGGAGAGCGCGCCUUGGCUCGACAGGCCGGCGCUGGCUUCUCCAUGAGCCCGUGAGCCUGGGGGCAGGUGCCCGGCGAUGGCGCGGCCCGUGAGCGACAGGACCCCGGCCCCCCUGCUGACCGGGACCCCCCCGGGAGGGGGAGCGCUGCUUGGGCUGCGGAACCUUCUGCAGGGGACCAGCAAGCCCAAAGAACCAGCCAGCUGUCUCCUGAAGGAAAAGGAGCGCAAGGCGGCUCCGCCGGCGGCCACGAUCCCCGGGCCGGGCCUGGAGACCGCGGGCCCUGCGGACGCCCCGGCUGGGGCGGUGGUGGGCGGCGGGUCCCCGCGGGGGCGCCCAGGGGCCACGCCGGGCCCGGGGCUCUUGGCGCCACUGCUAUGGGAGCGGACGCUGCCCUUCGGCGACGUGGAGUACGUGGACCUGGACGCCUUCCUGCUGGAGCACGGGCUCCCGCCCAGCCCGCCGCCCCCCGGAGGCCCGUCGCCCGCGCCCUCGCCCGCGCGCACCCCCGCAGCCUCCCCGGGGCCCGGCUCCUGCAGCUCGGCCUCCCCUCGUUCCUCGCCCGGCCGCGCCCCGGCCCGGGCCGCCCUCGGGGCCGCCGGCGGCCACCGCGCAGGUCCGGUCUCUCGGGACACACCCAGCCCUGUGGACCCAGACACGGUGGAGGUGCUGAUGACCUUUGAACCUGACCCUGCCGAUCUAGCCCUGUCCAGCAUUCCUGGCCAUGAGACCUUUGACCCCCGGAGACAUCGCUUCUCAGAGGAGGAACUUAAGCCCCAGCCCAUCAUGAAGAAAGCUCGCAAGAUCCAGGUACCAGAGGAGCAGAAGGAUGAGAAGUACUGGAGCCGGAGGUACAAGAAUAACGAGGCGGCCAAGCGGUCGCGGGACGCCCGGCGACUCAAGGAGAACCAGAUCUCGGUGCGGGCGGCCUUCCUGGAGAAGGAGAACGCCCUGCUGCGGCAGGAGGUGGUGGCCGUGCGCCAGGAACUGUCCCACUAUCGCGCGGUGCUGUCGCGCUACCAGGCCCAGCACGGGGCCCUGUGAGGUGGCCCUCGCCCCCACCUCCACCAGACUUGCACCCUCCUCCUCUCCCCGCCCUGUGGCCCGACGGCCGGCCAGCUGGGUGCCCCAGGGACGUGACGAUGCAGAGAAAUACAUUUAUAUUUUUAAGAAAAAAAAUGCAAAAAAGAAGCGAGCCUCCCCCUCCCCCAGCCUCUCUCACGGGGGC